UUCCUCUUUGCCCUUCAACCCUCUUCAGAUUCCAGGAGUAGCAUCUGGACAUUCCCAGGAUGGAGAUCUCCUCCCACCAGGCUCACCUCCUGCAGCAGCUGAACGAGCAGCGCCGGCAGGACGUGUUCUGCGACUGCAGCAUCCUCGUGGAGGGGAAGGUCUUCAAAGCGCACCGCAACGUGCUGUUCGCCAGCAGCGGCUACUUCAAAAUGCUGCUCUCUCACCACUCCAAGGAGACCAGCCCGCCCACCACCGCCACCUUCCAGGCCUUCUCCCCGGACACCUUCACCGUCAUCCUGGACUUCGUCUACUCGGGCAAGCUCUCCCUGACCGGCCAGAACGUGAUAGAAGUGAUGUCGGCCGCCAGCUUCCUCCAGAUGACCGACGUCAUCAGCGUGUGUAAGACUUUCAUCAAGUCCUCCUUGGACAUCAGCGAGAAGGAAAAGGACCGCUACUUCAGCCUCUCAGACAAGGACGCCGGCCCCAACGGGGUGGAGGGCGCCUCUUUUUGCAGCGGGUCUCCCCGUCCUCAGCCCAGCCCAGACCGGGGACCGAGCACAGCGAGCGGGAAGGCGUGGAGCAAGUACGCCUACCACCCGGCCUCCCACCAGCCCCCGGCGCAGCCCGAGCAAAGGAAGGACUCGGUGAAGAAGCCCAGGCAUCUGAGGCUGGCGCAGCCUCAGCUUGUUCCUCUCAGGUCCCGCAAAGGAGACGCGCGGACGCCCGACCCCGCCAGCCGUGUUUCCCCGCGUGAAGAGCAAGCACAGGUCGAGGCUGAGGUGGACGCCGCCGCCGCCUUCCAGUACGGCCAGGGCUCCGACGCCACAUCCGGGGUCUUUCCAGAUGAUCUUCCCAGGCUGCGAUUCAAAUGCCCAUACUGCACACAUGUGGUGAAGCGGAAGGCAGACCUCAAGCGCCACCUGCGCUGCCACACGGGAGAAAGGCCCUACCCGUGCCAAGCCUGUGGGAAACGGUUUAGCAGGCUGGACCAUCUGAGUAGCCAUUUCCGAACAAUCCACCAGGCCUGCAAACUAAUCUGCAGGAAGUGCAAGCGCCACGUGACUGACAUCACGGGGCAAGUGGUGCAGGAAGGAACCAGGCGCUACAGACUGUGCAAGGAGUGCCUCGUGGAAGUGGGGAUCGACAGCCUCCCUGUUGACCUGGAGGCCGAGCCGCGUCGUCUGUCCCCCUCCGGUGGAGAAAAGGAUUCCCGGUGGCAUCCGAGUGAAGAGGAGAGUAGGUCCUACGUGGAGAUUGUGGAGGACGGGUCCGCCGAUCUGGUCAUACGACAGGUUGACGACAGCGAGGAAGAAGAAGAGAAAGAGAUAAAGCCCAACAUUAGGUAGCCUGGAGCGUGCCCUGCCAGAGCUGGCGUGCCUGUAGUUUACCCGGACCUCUGUGUGGGCGGUGCCCGGUGAACGGGCUCCUCGGACUGACUUAGAAGCCACCUGACGUAACUUGCAUGCUUACCGUAUCCGUUCUGCACUUUGUGGCUCUACUGGGGAGACCCUGCUUGCGUUGGCAUGAGGGAGGAUCAGUUACCCUUUCUGUUAUUACAGAGAUGCCGUUUUCUUUAAGUAUUGAGGGGAAAAAUCUAUUUAGCAAACUUUUU